AGUCGUCGCGCUUCCUCUCGUAAAAUCAUGGCAGCUGUUAACCCGUAAGUGUGUGGAUCCACAGUCGUCAGAGCCUUAUAAAAUAAAGCUAAUAUACCGAUAGCUGCCCCGCCGAGGCAUCCAGCAAGACAGUCCAAUGUAUCCCGGUUGUUGUAGUCGUAAGAAGAAAAUCAGCAGCAGCAGCAGCAGCAGCAGCGAGCACAGACGAUCGUCGAGAUGUCGUUGCCGCGCGAGUGGAGCCUCAAGAAGCAGCACUCGAUCGACAACGGCAGCCCGCCGCCGGCGGUGCAGGCCAACCUCGUUCAGGCAUCGUCCCAGGAGACGGCCAUCGAUGAGAACAUGAGCCAGCACGCGAACCAGCUGGGCUCGCUCUUCUCCAUACACUCGGCGCCAGUGUACGUAGUGCCGCCGGGCUUGGUGCACCUCAGCCCAGCCGAGACCCUCGCCGACGAGGAGGAGAACGACAAUUUGCUGACCAUCUCGUCGCUGACGGCCCGGCCGCUCAUCGCCAAGUCGCGCGAGCUCGGCAAGCGGCAGGAAGCCAGGCGCCGAAGACGCCGGCGGCACAAGAAGCUCAAUUUCGAGCCGCUCGACGGGGGCUACGGCUGGGUCGUCGUAUUCGGAGCCUUCUUCGUGCAAUUCUGGGUCGCUGGCCUGGUCAAGUCUUGCGGCUUGCUCUACGUCGAGGUCAUGGAGACCUUCGCGGACUCGUCGGCCUCCGUGGCUUCCUGGAUACCCGCCAUCCUCUCCUGCCUCUGCUUGGCGCUCGCUCCCGUGACGAGCAUGCUCAGCCAAAAGUACAGCUGCAGAGUCGUCGUCUUCGUCGGCGGCCUCUUCUGCGCGUUGGGCCUCAUCAUCAGCUUCUUCGCGACCAGCUUGAUACAUCUCCUCUUCACUUUCGGCGUGCUCACGGGCAUCGGCGGCGGCCUGUCCACCACGCCGGGCAUAAUCCUCGUCUCGCAGUACUUUGACAAACACCGAGCCCUGGCCAACGGCAUCUGCGUCAGCGGCACGGCGGCCGGUAGUUUCGUCUUCCCGAUGCUCAUCGAGUACCUGGUGGGCAAUUUCGGCUUCCACGGAACCCUCCUCAUCCUCGGCGGCUGCAUGCUGCACGUCUGCGCGAGCGCCAGUCUCUAUCGGCCCCUCGAGAUGAACUACCCCAUGGAACCGCUGCCGGACGCUGCCAAGUCCGCCGAGCUGGCCAGCAGCGCGGUCAAGCGGCAGAAGCUCGAGAUGCUCUUCGCCCAGCACGACGAGACGGCUAAGAACAACACGCUCAACGAGCUCUUUCAUCAUCGUCAGGCAGACCAUGACCCGCGCGCCAACGAAGUCGAGCUGCAGCUGACAGACAGCGAGGAGGAGAAGGACAUCAUGGGCCAAGCUCUCAGCACGAAGCCAAUCUCCAAGAUCCGCAGCUCGAGCAUACUGCAUAGCGUCGAGGACCUGUCGACCGACUCGACCUGCUUCUACAAGUCGCGCUCCUCGACACUGCAGAGAUCUCUUCGUUCGUCGGCCCUCGCCGUCUGUCCGGCUGCUAGUACUAGCGGCAGCGGCAGCGGCAGCGGCAACAACGCGGCAGCGAUUCCCAACCAGCAGCAGCCCGUCAUCAGCCUCGCCGCCGAGCAGUCCGCCUCGAAGGAGUCGCUGCCGCAGCGACUUACGCGCUACAUCGACCUGAGCCUGUUGCGCGACACCCGCUUCAUCAUGAUGUGCCUCUCGGUCACUCUCAUGUCCACCGGCAGCCCCUACAUGCUCUACUAUCUGCCGGCCUACGUCAAUGCCCGGAGCUACAGCAAGUCCGAGGCUGGCUAUCUCGUCGCCAUAUCGGCAGCCUUCGAUCUCUGCGGCAGACUUGGCCUGGGCUGGCUCAGCGAUCUGCAGCUGUUUGAUCGCAGGAAAGGAUACAUUGGCAGCGUCGUCGGAGCAGGUGUCGCAGUCUUGGUAAUACCACUGGCUCAUUCCUUUUACGUACUUGCCUGCAGUGUGGGCAUGUACGGCCUCUGCCUCGGUUGUUGGUUCCUGCUGGUCCCUGUGCUUCUCGCCGACCAAUACGGCACCGAUAAAAUAUCAUCGAGCUACGGUCUCGUCCGCAUGUUCCAGAGCAUCGGCGCCAUUACCGUACCCCCGCUCGCGGGAUUUAUGCGCGACGUUACCGGCAGCUACAAUGUCUGCUUCAUAUUCAUGGGCUCGUGCAUGGUGCUGGGCGGCAUACCCCUUCUAAUCGUCUCGGACGAUUCUUCGGCCAGCUCCAGCAGUAGUAAGAAACUGCCCGUUACACCUAAUGCCACUAAUGACAGCACCAUCAAAACCGAAUGCAAAGAUAUUGACUCCGUAACAAGUCCAACAGCAACCUAACGUGAUCGGGCAAUUUAACGCAAAUCGAUGUGUAUGCGAAAUGAACUUGCAUGGAUAAGUGAAUGAUUAUUGAAUAAUUGUAGGACUAAGUUUGUACAGAGAGUGAGAGGGAGAGAGAGAUUAAGCGAUUUUAGCGAAAGUGCCUACUACUCUCUACAGCUCUUUUUAGAGAACGUUCCAGCGUAUAGACAUUAACUUAUCAUUUCUCCGUUAUCAGAAUCCUAAUACAUUGUCAGUUAUUGUAAAGCAAACAAUCUACUGCCGGGCGAGAUAAAUGAAAGACAAAAUUUAAAUGAACAACGUUUGCUGUGAGCUAUAUGUACAUAUACGCAUAUUUAUAAGUAUAUAACUAAAAUUUUUGUAUUACCGUCGUCGUCGUGCCAUGUGAUGAAAAGAAAAAAUUGCACGUCCAAUAUAAGAACGCCUGUGUGUAUAUUACAUGUCCUUCUUCUCAAACUUUUAUUUGAAUGUGUUUUCGCAUAAACCCGCUUAUACACGCAUUUCCAUCUGUGGCAUAGUAGAUUCUUGUCUAUAAGAGCAAAAUUUAUGAAAUAAACAACAUUGUAAAACCGA